AUGCCGAUAAUUUCAGAAUGGACGGUGGACAUCCCCAUCAUUGAUACCUGGGCCAUGUACUUUGCCGCGCCUGAGGCAAAAGAGUAUCCGGAUAAUCAUGUUCUUCUGGUCGAUGGUGACACAGACCGCUCAUACACGUACAGUGAUAUCAAGCAGCGCUCCAUCGACUUUGGAAAAGGUCUCAAGCACAUUUUCAAAUUGAACAAGGGUGAUGUUCUCGGGUUUUUCUCAUCGAACUGCAUCGAUAUACCCAUUGUGACCUGUGGCCUCCACUGGGCGGGCGGAGUCGCCAGUCCUGUAAACCCUACCUAUACGGUGGACGAGCUGGCGCGGCAGCUCACCGACUCGAAAGCUACGGCGUUAGUUACGCAAAAACCAUUCCUGGCAGUCGCGGUCCAGGCCGCACGGAAGAGCGGAAUACCUCUGGAGAGGGUAAUUCUUAUCGGCGACGGGAAGGAUGAGGCUGGAAAGCAUAGGCACUGGACCGAUAUCACGGCCAAGGGCGCUUGGAUCCAGCCCGCAAAGGCGGAUCUGGAUCCAAAAAAGGACUUGGCGUACUUGAUUUACAGUUCCGGAACUACUGGCUUGCCCAAGGGAGUCAUGCUUACGCAUUACAACGUCGUCGCCAAUGCCUAUCAGUUCUCUCGAUUGGAUUCCAAAACCCUCAACUGGGAUUCUGAUCGCCAUCUAGGCGUGCUGCCCUUUUUCCAUAUUUACGGCAUUUCCAUUUCCCUCAACAUGACGAUAAAAACCGGCUCCACGAUGGUAGUUCUGCCCAGGUUCGAGCUCGAAAAAGCUUGCCAACUCGUUGAAAAGCAUGCCAUCACCUUCAUGUAUGUCCCUCCACCGAUUGUGCUCGCACUUGGAAAGCAUCCCAUAGUGGACAAGUACGACCUGACGUCCCUUCGGUGGAUCAACUCUGGUGCUGCGCCGUUGGGUGUGGAUCUCGUCGAGGCAGUUUGGAAAAGACUGAAGAUCGGCGUCAAGCAGGGCUACGGCUUGUCGGAAACGAGUCCAACAACGCACUUGCAGCUGGUUGAUGAAUGGUGGAAGUUUCAGGGCUCCGUAGGACGACUCUUGCCACACAUGGAGGCCAAGAUUGUUGACUUGGAUGGCAAAGAGCUACCACGUGGCCAGGAUGGCGAAAUCCUCCUCAAAGGCCCCAACGUCUUCAACGGUUACUGGAACAGGCCUGAUCUGAACAAGGAGACUUUCACGCAAGACGGCUGGUUCAGGACUGGCGAUAUUGGACACGCCUGUAAACGGGGCCAUUUCUACAUCACAGAUCGCAUGAAGGAACUCAUCAAAUAUAAGGGCUUCCAAGUAGCCCCUGCUGAACUUGAAGCUAAGCUCCUCGGUCGCGAGGACGUCGACGACGCCUGCGUUAUUGGCGUGUGGGACAAUGAGCAGCACACCGAAGUCCCGAGGGCUUAUGUCGUGGUUCGGCCUGACGUCAAGGAGACAGAUGAACUGGCGCAAGACAUUGCUAGCUGGCUGGGGGAGAGGGUCGGUCCACCGAAGAGGUUGCGUGGUGGCGUCAAAUUCGUCAGGGAGAUCCCCAAAUCGCAGAGCGGCAAGAUCCUGAGAAGGGUGUUGAAGGAUCAGGUCGUGAGGGAAGAGGGUAUGGACACUAAGGCGAAGCUGUAG